AUGUCCGGACGACCAGGCGGCCAGCGCAAAGUCCUGCUCCCACCCAUCAACUUCAUUUUCAAGCUCCUCCAACAGCACAACACCGUUCAGAUCUGGCUCUACGAGCAGCUAGGCAUCCGCAUCGAGGGCAAGAUCCGUGGCUUCGAUGAGUUCAUGAACUUGGUGAUUGACGAUGCGGUCGAGGUCAAGCAGCCCGGCAAGGGCCAGACGGAGGAGGAUGUGAAGGGCCAGAGGAGGGAGUUGGGUCAAAUAUUGCUCAAGGGCGACAAUGUGUGCCUCAUCCAGAGCUUGACAUAA